CAACUUUAAAUAUGCGAAACUACGUGACUUUAUUAAACUUUGACGCCGACGUCAAUCGCUUCAAUUACAAGACCGAAACCUAUAAUCUUACACCUCUUCUUUAGAAAACCUUUAUGAACACAUGUACAUUAUCAUGAUAAAUUCUAAUUUCUCAAUUUCGAUGUAUUCUCAAGGUCGAUGAGGUCAUUAUGGAAAACGUCAUUCUCCCCCAGCUCGAAGGACACAGAAGCACAAACCACGAUAUAUCACGAUGGAGACCAAAUUACCAUCCCAGAAGCAUUCGCAAUCGCAAUCGUAUACACACGACAACAAUGUACCGUCGCCGACAGAGAUAACCACGGGAGGGCGCAAGAGGAGCGGAUCUGGAGGUAGCAUCCUUUCCAAGUUCCCCUUCUUGCGCACCUCGGAAAGCAAAUCGAGCCUCAACGAAUUGCGACAUAGCGAUGCCAACCAAGAACCUUCUAAUAAACCGCCUCGCUCCCUCGCCGUCAUAUCCCAACAGCAACAACAAAAGACGCGCAGGCGUAAGGGCUCGCUCCGGAAAAUUGCCCUGCUGGGCCGCGGCGCCGCGCGAGAGAGGCGGGAGAUGAAGUCUCUAUCCAUCGACACCAUAAACACCGCACCACCAGAUGCCGAGCCAGAAGAUAUUACUCAUCAAUCAAUGCCAAUAGACGGUGGCCUCGGCUUAGGAAUAUCAGACCUAACGCCGCGCCCGUCUAUGGAUGGCUAUGCGCCGAGAGACAGCGUUCCCAUACCUUACCUACCACCGCCGGACAGCGAUUCGCAGGUGACGAGUCCCUCGAUAUCGUACACUUCUACCACUGACGAGGAAGAUGUCAUCUCGAUACCCCUCCGCGUUCCUUCUCCACCCCGCCCGGAGCUUUCUUCUGGCUCCGAAUCCUACUAUGUAAAAGGCACCUCUCCCUACCGACGCCGCUCAGUAAAGCACACCAAAUCCCCGCUGUCCCUUUCCGGUCUGACGGCAAGCCCAUUACCAGCAGCGCACGAGGACCACGACUACAGCGAGACGGAGUGGUGGGGGUGGGUAGUGCUUGUCGUGACAUGGACCGUGUUCGUCAUCGGCAUGGGGUCCUGCCUCAAUGUCUGGAGCUGGGCCUGGGACGUCGGGACGACACCGUACGCGCCUCCGGAGCUCGAGGACGACCCCACGCUGCCGAUCGUAGGGUACUAUCCCGCGCUAAUUAUAUUAACGUGUAUCAUGGCUUGGGUCUGGGUGGUGGUGGCGUGGAUCGGGAUGAAGUACUUUAGGCACGCGAAGAUUAGCGGUGAUUGAAGUCUGUCUGACAGUCUGGGACUAUAGGUACCUACAUAGGGUAAGGGAGGCAGGCAGGCAGGUAGGGAGGUUAGAUGUCUAUACCCGGCGGUGUAUCAUAUGUGGACUUGAUAAUGAGUGUAAUGUAAUCGAGAGACUAUACGCUGGGUACAAUGACUGUGUUUAUAUAGGUAUAUAUAUAUACUUAAGAAGCUUGCUAUGUAACA